UUCCAGUUCAACUUUGUUGUUUCAGUAAUCGAGCAUUAUGUCCAUGAGCAAAGAACCUAUUGUCAUCGUGGGCACAGGAGAUUUUGGAAGGGCGUUGGCGACAAGGCUCCAUCGCUUUGGAUUCAAAGUUGUACUUGGCUCGAGAAGUCCAAGCACCGUUGAAGCCAAAGUAAUCCCUCAACAUGUAGAACUGCUCGAGAACAAAGAAGCCCUACAACGUGGAAAUAUCAUUAUCUUUGCUGUUCACCGCCAAUCUUACGAAGCGCUUGCGAAUGAAUACCGAGACAUGCUAAAGCAGAAGAUCGUCGUAGAUGUAAACAAUCCACAAACUUCCAAGAAAGGAGCUCAGUCAAGUGGCGAGUAUUUGGGCAGUCUGCUACCUGAAAGUAAAGUUGUCAAAGCGUUUAACGUAAUCUCAGCCUGGGCACUUGAAUCUGAUUCGUUUGGUGGGAGUAAGCAGGUCCCUCUGUGCUCGAACAACGCUGAAGCACGAAGGAUAAUAUUCCAGUUGGUUCGUGAUAUCGGUUUUGAGCCUAUUGACCGAGGAAGCCUGAAAACAGCCGAGGAGCUCGAGUCCAUUCCAUUCCGUUUCUUCCCAUCUUGGAUUAGCCCUGUGGCGUUUUCUUUCAUCUUGUUACUGGUUAUCACGUUGUACGAAUUUCUGCGCAGAUACGUCAAUAAUGGAAGUGUAAAUAUCAGGCAGCCAGCAAGGCUCAACUUAAACGGGGAGUUUUCCAUGUUCUUUGGAAUCGUGGCUUUCUGUCUUCUAUGUGUAUUGGCAGUUUGUUCUCUUCCAAGCGUCAUCAACACAAUGAGCUGGAGGGAGUGGAAUUUUGCUCAGUCUGGUAUUGGUCAUGUGAUGAUUGUCUGCGCCUUUUGUCACAUGUUGACGAUGGGAACGUACUCGAUGAUACGAAGAAAGUGGACAUUAAGCUCCAAUUAUCGCCUGCCAUCUGUUUUCUACAUUGAAAUUGCUAUGGGCUUUUUGGUCAUCUUCCUCCGUCUCCUUCUCUAUACGCCUUGCUUGUAUAUCCCUCUGAGAAAGAUUCGACAUGGUUGGGAGAGGUCUGCCAAUGGAAACGUCAAACCAAAGGGCGGUGCAGAGUUAAGAAGCUAUGAAAACUCUUAUGUCUAAGCUGAUUUUAAUCAAAUUUAAAAAUUUGAGCUAGAAGUAUAAGAUUUCAUUGUAAGCUUGACAUCAGGUUUUCUCAAACUUGCCAUGGAACUGGCCAUAUUUGUCCUCGUGGUGCAUGAUGGCCACUUUAUGGAACUACUUAGUCGCAUUAAAGCCAAGGACCUCCUAUGGCCAGGGGUCUUUCAUUGGUUACAAGUCAUAGAAUAUAAACWACAUUGUAGUAUUGUAAUGACAGUUAAAUCAUUUGAAAAUAUGUCAGUGUACCGGUACCAAAGUGAAAAUGAUAAGAAAUUAUCGUAAUGAAAACAACAGCCCAUUACUAGGAGAGGGAAUAGUAUCCUAAUACAGGAGUGACCUGGCGUUUUCAUA